AUGGCGAACGACGGCGAGCUGUCGGCGGUAGCCGCCGCCGCCGCCGAGCCUGACUUGGAGCGGGGCCGCGUCGGCGGCGGAGGAAAGCGGCCAGGCGGGGAGAGCUCCGUGGAGGAGGAGGAGCAGGGGGAGGGGAGCCAGCGCUUCUCCGACGCCGAGGACCGGUCAUGGCACUCGCGCCAGAACUCCGCCGCCCUCGAGGACCGCGCCUCGACGUCCGCGUCCGUCCGCUCCUGCGCCGGCGCCGCCGCAGGGGACGGGGACAAGGAAGGCGAGGCCGCGGCCGGGCGCGACAGGAAGUCGUGCGUGUCGGAGUGCUCGCUGGACGACGUGGACCUGGAGGCCGGGCCGGCCGCCGAGAUCACCAAGGCCAGCCCCGACAAGGACGAGAUGAACUGCCGCAUCUGCCACCUCGGCCUCGAGAGCGCCGCCGCCGAGUCCGGCGCCGGCAUCGUGCUCGGCUGCUCCUGCAAGGACGACCUCUCCUGCGCCCACAAGCAGUGCGCCGAGACCUGGUUCAAGAUCAGGGGCAACAAGAUUUGCGAGAUCUGCGGCUCGACGGCAUGCAACGUGGUUGGCUUCGGUGACGCGGAGUUCAUGGAGCAGUGGAACGAAUCGGGCAACUCCGCAGCUACGCAGGCGCCGGCGAACGAGACGCGGAGGUUCUGGCAAGGCCACCGGUUCCUCAACUUCCUCCUGGCCUGCAUGGUGUUCGCCUUCGUCAUAUCCUGGCUCUUCCACUUCAACGUCCCCGGAUGA